GUGUCGCUAGAGAGGAGAGUGUGUCUUGUUCUAGCAGUGAAAGCACGCAGCAACAACAAGGCAAACUCUUAGCUGGGAAAUUCAAAAAAAGAGAGCAGCUGUCGCUAGAGGAGAGUGUCUAGCAGUAAAAGCACGCAGCAAUAACAAGGCAAGCCUCAGCCAGUCACUGGCCUGUUGUCGGCUCACGUUGUCCGCCGGCUGCCUUCUGGCUUCAAGUCCUAACAGAACAAAGACGCGAUGGGCUCUUCAACCCCACAGUUGACCCCACUGAAGGCCACCUUGAACUGAGGAUUCUCAUCACGCAGGGCAGCACUUUCAUGCUGUGUCCAGCUGUCCUUUUUUGUUGACAUUAUUCCAAUGGGACAUUUGCCGCAAAUCAGGAUGUUAAACAGUUUCCGAGACUGAUGGAACAAUGGAACUAUUUAAUACUUUGCCCCAUGAGGGCAACAUUAAGAUGAUGCUCUGCAGUCCGAGAAGGAGCUCCAUCACAAAGUCGCCCAUAUGAAGACAUUGUGUUGACACCAGAUAAGGGCCACUUAAGGCCACUUCUGCUCAACUCGUCAAACUAACAAUCCAGAAGACCUCACUCAUACGUGUCUUCAACAUGGAGCUAUUCUUCAACCCCUUUGACAGCUUGGUGUGUAUUCUCUUGGGGAUCUCCUUCACCGUGUGGUUCACGUUGCUGCUUGUCUUCAUCAUCGUGCCCGCCAUCUUUGGAGUCUCCUUUGGCAUCCGACGCCUCUACAUGAAAUCAUUGUUGAAGCUUUUUGAGUGGGCGACACUGAGGCUAGAGAGAGGAGCCAAAGAAAAGAAUCAUCCCUUGCACAAACCCUACUCAAAUGCAAUCAUUGCAAAAGAGCCCACUUCUUUGGAAGAAGAGAUCAAGGAGAUUCGGCGCAGUGGCAGCAACAGAGACUUGGACUCAGCCACUGAGUUCGAGAUGUCGGAUAUUUUUUACUUUGCUCGGAGAGGGGUGGAGAGCAUCAUGGACGACGAGGUGACCAAGCGGUUCUCUGCAGAGGAGUUGGAGUCUUGGAAUCUGCUGACACGCAGCAACUACAACUUCCAGUACAUCAGCCUGAGGCUGACAGUCCUUUGGGGACUCGGUCUCCUGAUCCGCUAUGGUUUCCUGCUACCUCUCAGGGUAACCCUUGCCUUCACUGGUGUUGGCUUGCUGGUAUUCCUCACCUCUGUUAUAGGCUUAUUGCCCAAUGGAAGGAUAAAAAGCGUCCUGAGUGAAAAGGUUCAUCUCAUGUGCAACAGAAUAUGUGUCAGAGCUCUGACCGCCAUCAUAACAUACCACGACAGUGAGAAUAAACCCAAAAACGGAGGAAUAUGUGUUGCCAACCACACGUCACCUAUUGAUGUCAUCAUUUUGGCCAGUGAUGGCUGCUACGCAAUGGUGGGCCAAAUUCACAGAGGCCUGAUGGGAGUCAUUCAGAGAUCCAUGGUGAAGGCCUGCCCACACAUUUGGUUUGAGCGCUCAGAAGUCAAAGACAGACAUCUAGUGGCCAAAAGGUUGAGUGACCAUGCGCAAGAUAAAUCUAAACUUCCCAUUCUCAUUUUCCCAGAAGGUACAUGCAUUAACAACACAUCGGUAAUGAUGUUUAAGAAAGGCAGCUUUGAAAUUGAAGCCACAGUUUACCCUGUAGCCAUCAAGUAUGAUCCCAGAUUUGGAGACGCCUUCUGGAAUAGCAGCAAGUUUGGAAUGGUCAACUACCUGUUACACAUGAUGAGCAGCUGGGCCAUUGUCUGUAGUGUGUGGUACCUUCCUCCCAUGUCCAGAGAAGAGGGGGAGGAUGCUGUACAGUUUGCCAAUCGAGUCAAAGCAGCCAUUGCCAGGCAAGGAGGACUAGUAGACCUCUUAUGGGAUGGAGGGUUAAAGAGAGGGAAGGUAAAAGAUACAUUUAAAGAAGAGCAGCAGAAGCUCUACAGUAAAAUGCUGGUGGGAACCCAAGAGGACCGAAGUCGCUCAUGAAGGAUUUGUGAGGAGGCGGACCGGCUCAAAAAGCCUCACAGGGAAGCGCUGACUGCAAAUGAAGUCAGCUGUGCACCCUCUACACUCGGGGCUCUUGGACUGUAAAAUCCCCUCAGCAUCACAGAGGCGUGUGCAGUUUGCAGCGUUGUUUGGGUCCUUCCUAGCCUGCUGCCCAUUGGGAGUUAAACCAGGCAGGUAUUGUUCACAUUAGAAUGGGGAAAUAUUGCUCUGAGAUGGAGCCCGGUCUUCCUUGUGUUUGAGGAAAACACUUAUAAUAUAGCUGUCUUUGAGUACCGGUCUUUCUGUUUUGUAAUUUUCUUUUUUCAUGUUAAUUUUGCAAACUUGGGUUUUCCUGGGUAUAUAACAGAUGAGUUCUAGACUAUAAAACAAAACAAUUGAAGGGUU